AGAACAAGGCUUCCCCUCACAAGCCCCUCGAUUGAUUUUCCUCCUCCCAAAAAUCAGACAUUGGAUGCCCUUGGCAGCGAAAGCACACGAGGGCACCUCUUUAAAUACCUUGACUGCCUUAGGGAUGGUACAGUGAAUGCCGUACUCCGUACCGCCGGUGAUAGUGGACACUGCUUUGACCUCUUCUCCACCCGCACCAACCCGAAACCCCAUUUAUUAGUGUGCCAGUGGCAGCCGAUAACACGUAGUUGGGCCGCCCCGCGGGUUCCAUAGAUCUGGAGCCGCGGCCGCAAUGGCGCAGGCCUACGACGACGAGGAACUGUCCAUCUCGCUCUCCCCAUCACAGAUCCGGCGCAACAGGCGAUCAGGCGACGGAACCUCGACGCCUUUGCCUUCUCACCAUCACCAGGACGCAACCAGGAUGGCUUCGCCCGCCGGUACGAGUGGCUCGCUGCCACUGCGCGACAAGAUGCGCAACGAGCAGCGCAUCGGCGCCUACAAUGUCGUCAAGACGCUUGGCGAGGGCAGCUUCGGCAAGGUCAAGCUGGCCGUGCAUCGAGGCACCGGCCAGCAGGUGGCCCUCAAGAUCAUCUCGCGCAAGACGUUGAUUAGCCGCGACAUGCAGGGCCGUGUCGAGCGCGAGAUUGAGUAUCUGCAGCUGCUUCGCCAUCCGCAUAUCAUCAAGCUAUACACCGUUAUCAAGACGCCAACCGAAAUCAUCAUGGUGCUCGAGUAUGCCGGGGGCGAACUGUUCGACUACAUCGUCCAGCACGGCAAGAUGCACGAGGAUGAAGCCCGACGCUUCUUCCAGCAGAUGCUGUGCGCCGUCGAGUACUGUCACCGACACAAGAUUGUCCACCGCGAUCUGAAGCCCGAGAACCUCCUGCUCGACGACAAUCUCAACGUCAAGAUUGCCGACUUUGGCCUGAGCAACAUCAUGACCGACGGCAACUUCCUCAAGACCAGCUGUGGUUCCCCAAACUACGCUGCCCCCGAAGUUAUUGGCGGCAAGCUGUAUGCCGGCCCGGAGGUGGAUGUGUGGAGUUGCGGCGUUAUUCUCUACGUUUUGCUCGUCGGCCGCCUGCCCUUUGACCACGAGCACAUCCCUACCCUUUUCGCCAAGAUUGCGCGCGGGAGCUACAUGGUGCCGACCUGGAUGAGCCCCGGCGCCGCGGCCCUCAUUAAGAAGAUGCUCGUCGUUAAUCCCGUCCAGCGUGCUACCAUCGAGGAGAUCCGCCAGGACCCCUGGUUCCUCAAGGACCUGCCCACGUACCUUCACCCGCCCGUUGAAGAGUUCCUCAACACGGGUGUCGAUCCGAACAAGGCCAUCAAAGUUAGUGACAUCGCGCCACAUGCGCCCCCGCAGGAGCAAGAGAAACUUCAUAACGAAGUCACCGAGAAGAUCAGCAGGACAAUGGGUUACGGGAAGCGGGACGUAGAAGAGGCCUUGGAGGCUGACGAGCCGUCGGUUAUCAAAGACGCCUACAUGAUUGUGCGGGAGAACAAGCUCACCGAGAGCACCCGUAAGACUUACACUCCUUUUUGCCAGUGCAAUAGUGCUAAUACUGUGCCAGAACUGGCAGGUCUUGCAACUGAUGAUGCGACUCCGAGUCCCGCGUGGGAUACAACCGCAUCAUGUGCCCGGUCUAUAACGUCAAGCAGCACGGGGGCAUCGGCGAGGCCAUAUGUCAGCAAAGUCGGCAUCCUUCCUAGCAGUCUGCCGGCCUACCACAAGGUCUUCAUGGAGCGUGAGAAGGCCAAAGCCGAAGGUGUUGAGGUGCCGGAUGCGGCGCUUAACAUGCCGCCGGAACCGGCCACUCAACCGCGGAGCCAGGCCGAACAAGAGGAAACGCUGCGGCGUCUCAAGCCGCAUUCACGCAGCUUUGUCCGCCUGGACGAUGCCGGCCGCCCCCAGGGACUCACUCCCGUCAACCCGCCAAAGAAAAGUAAGCCUAUCAAGUGGCAGUUCGGGAUAAGGUCUAGGAACGCCCCCUGGGAAGCGCUGGUCUGCAUCUACAAGGCACUGUCCAAGCUGGGAGCGUCAUGGCUGAUAGACGAGGGCUACGACUCGGCCCGCGAGGACGACGACGAUGACGGCUACGAACGUGCUCGGCGCGCACACUCGCGCCAGCAGAGCUCCUCGUCCAGUAUCGAUCCGAGAGAGCUCUACAAGCUCCCCGCCGACCCCUGGCACAUCAGGAUUCGCUGGACCACUGACAAGCUCCAAAAACACAUUGUUGGCCCUCGUGUGGGCGACGCCACGAACCCGUUUGUGGCGCGAGAUGCGGUGGGCGGCUGGUGGCAGGUGCUUGCCAUGCGCAUGGACAUACAGAUCUACGAGAUGGAGCAUUCCGUCUACCUGGUCGAUUUCAAGGUGGACGGGUACGAGACGCCCGACGGGAAGCUCCUCGAAGACAAGGAGGUGACCAGUCCGUUCCCGUUCCUCGACAUGGCUGCGAAGCUUAUCAUGCAGUUGGCCGACGCGGAUUGACAGCGGUUCUAGUUGACCUGUCUGUCCUUCUUCGUGUUUGGGUUUUCUGUUUUGCUUUCUCCCCUAUGAUUUCUUCUAUCCUCUUUUGGCGUUCAGGCAGGUGCCAAAGUCAUGUUGAGAGUCCAGCGACUGCUACAUUUUUACC